UGCACCACCUGAGUUACUAGGUUCGGUAACUCGUAUUUUGUCUUCUAUUGUUUUUACUCACUCUCUCUUGUGUGUAGUAGGGUUCCAAGUCGCGUAGAUGAGAAUUAACCCAUUUACAGAAUCGUGAAAUCUGUGAUAGCAUUUGGGCCACACGUACAGAGAGAUUGGCUUGUUAUCCCCAAUAACGAAAAGUACUCACACUUCUGCGCCGUUUAGGUGGACAUUCUUUCCCCGCUGCGGACAGGUAUCGUGGUAGCACUACACCUUGUUUCAAACGACAAUGAGCUCGCUAUCCAGCACGUUGAAGAGUGUCAGCGUCCCCUUCGUAAUCGCAAGCAUGUAAAUGUUCGCUACAAACACGAGCAGUCGAUGGCACCGUGCCGUCUUUCCAUUCCGGCGAUUCGAUUGCUUCGCGCCGUCAAAAGCUGCCCGUCUCGUCACUGGGAAGCAUAUGACAUCGGUUGCCCCGCGAAUAUUGAUGUGAACUAGGGCAACCAACCAUACAACAUCGUCUCGGCAUAUCUGCGAACACCAGACGACGCGACCAUCGCGCGCAAGCUGGCGCCAUGGAGAUUUCCGCUCCCGAUGAACGCAUACGCAGGACCCUACUGCGCACGCUCCGGCAAGACCACGACACGUCACGAUGACGUGUCUCAUACCCGGCCGUGGUUCCGUUAAGUUGCUCGAUGUUUCUCCGCGCGGCAGCUGUACGACGCGGCGCCAGCUGUACCCGCUUCGCGGCUGGGUUUAAAGUCGCUCCCGAGAAUACUCCUUGCAUGACGAAUGUAAAAUUUUUCUUCUAGACCCAGAAAAAUGUUUUCUUUCUGAUGAAAACGAAUGAGAAAAAAUCGUUUCAUAGCCCUUUUAAACAGAGCCCUGGAUACACUGUAAAAAAAUACGGCCGUUUCCACUGGUGUCUGCCUGUUUAUCCUGACGGUAUACCACCGUAACUGCAAAUACGGCUGAAUCAGCGUAAAACAACGAAUGAUAGGGCGCCACCACGCGGCCAUUCCGAAGCGCGGUCCGGCCGAGUUCAAAAUACUGCAAAUCGCCGUCACCGCCAUGUUGGCAUUGUGGAGAACCGACACGAGUAAAGUCACAAUAAUUUGCGUUGCAGUACAAAACCAACGAGGGCGACGGGCGUAACAGAAGACGCCGGAGAGGACGUGAAUGAGACGCCGCGAACAGGAAGAUGGACAUUGUUGAGCUCGAGGUCUCUACUGCCCUGCCAGCACUUUCGGAUCAGGAAGUCUCCACAGUUCUUGCAAAAUUAAAAGAAAUCGGUGUUCAAACAGGGGAAGAUUUGAGGUUCUUAGAAGAGCCAGACCUUCGUGGGGUGCUGAAACCAAUACAGAUUAGGAGAUUCCUCUCCACAGUAAAGAGAGGUGAUGGCUCUGUUCCUGAGUCAGGUUCCUCUUUUAGCACGACACCGUCUUGCACAUCUCCUUUGCAAGUCCCCUCAGUGCCGGACACCCAACAACAUCAGUGUGAAAGCAAAGCUUCGAACGUGGACCCCAACUGGCCAGUAAACUUCCAAGUUUGUUGGGAAAGCAUGCCACCACAACUAAUAUCCGCAGUGAAGCAAAAGGAGCGCCCGUCUAGCAGGCUGCGUCGUGAAAUGGUCCGUCUGGUAGUUGACCAAGCCAGAACCAUGUGUGAGCGCCCACUCAAGAAACACUACGAAAUUAUUGCAAGACGAAUUGUGGGCCAGUAUCCAGCAUAAUUUCAAGAUGCCUUUGAAGGCACGGUUGUUGGGACGGGUCACGAUUCGCUUCUUAAUCAGCUGGUCUUUAGGACCGAAAACUGUGUACGCUUUAAGAACCGUUGCUCUGGUGAGACGGCGGAUCUGACGAAGAGUGGACGAAAGAAGGCCCGCAUGUACGGUUGCUUCAAGGAUUCUACCACUGAAAACAUUGAUGAGGAGUGCUUGGAAGAAAAAAAAGAAACGCUAAAACAUUGGUAUGUGACGAACACUGGUCAAAAAGAUGACAUCAAAGCGGAGAUGAAGGCGACAUACUUGCUGCAACGGAAAAUGAUCGAUUCGAAAAUCAAGACCCCCGAACUCCUGUCGGAAUGGCCGUACCUCUUCACGCCCGACGGCAUGUUCAUCCACUUUCACGAGCUUGUUGGCAUACACGUCGAGGAUGUGCUCCCAGUGUCAUUCAAGGAAAAGGGACUGAGCAUUUUGAAAUUUGCACAACAGUGCGAGAAAAGUCAUGCUGCCACGCAAAUCCUGGCGGAGCUGGAAGAUGCGCCAGGCACAGAACUGCAAAACCAGGCAGUCGCAGUGACCCUUCUCCUGUUACACUACUUAGAGGAAAAUGAAGGUGCCGUCUUCAUUGUUCGUGGCGAUCCUUGUACUGCCCGUGAUGUGGAGCAGUCUGACCUUCCAGCAAGCCCAAGAAUUAUUGUUAUUGGUGAUUCUGCAUGGUGCCCGUCCUCAUUCAUGUUGAGUGUAGACAAGAUUGUUGUCACAGACCUCAUCGAUGACUUUAUCACGGCAAUCAGCGUCUGGUUUGCUCUCCACUAUGUGCUGAAUCUUGUAUAUGCCCAAGAAAGUCAAGCAUUGCUGGAGUUCCUGCAGAGGACAUUUCUCGGGAUAAACCCUGACCGGGGUUCAAGAGCAGAGAAGAGGCAGCGCACGCCUGUCAAUAAAAAGGUGCUGCGACUCGUCGACAAGCUGUCGCACUUUGAGUGGCAUGUUUAACACUUGUUUAUACAGUUUAUACAGUUUUCCAAGCAACUGCAUAAGACUGUUGCAUUGCUGAUUUGACCUAAUGUCACAGCCACUCUGCUGCGUUUUUUCACGUUUUUUCCACUGUUCCAUCAGCGACUGGGCGAACAUAGGGCACAUGGCCACUCUUAUGCUGCGUUUUUUGAAGUUUUUUCCACCUUUUCCAUCAGCGACUGGGCGAACAUAGGGCACAUGGCCACUCUUAUGCUGCGUUUUUUGAAGUUUUUUCAACUGUUCCAUCAGCGACUGGGCGAACAUAGGGCACAUGGCCACUCUUAUGCUGCGUUUUUUGAAGUUUUUUCCACUGUUCCAUCAGCGACUGGGCGAACAUAGGGCACAUGGCCACUCUUAUGCUGCGUUUUUUGAAGUUUUUUCCACCUUUUCCAUCAGCGACUGGGCGAACAUAGGGCACAUGGCCACUCUUAUGCUGCGUUUUUUGAAGUUUUUUCCACUGUUCCAUCAGCGACUGGGCGAACAUAGGGCACAUGGCCACUCUUAUGCUGCGUUUUUUGAAGUUUUUUCCACUGUUCCAUCAGCGACUGGGCGAACAUAGGGCACAUGGCCACACUUAUGCUGCGUUUUUUGAAGUUUUUUCCACUGUUCCAUCAGCGACUGGGCGAACAUAGGGCAAAUGGCCACUCUUAUGCUGCGUUUUUUGAAGUUUUUUCCACUGUUCCAUCAGCGACUGGGCGAACAUAGGGCACAUGGCCACUCUUAUGCUGCGUUUUUUGAAGUUUUUUCCACUGUUCCAUCAGCGACUGGGCGAACGUAGGGCACAUGGCCACUCUUAUGCUGCGUUUUUUGAAGUUUUUUCCACUGUUCCAUCAGCGACUGGGCGAACAUAGGGCACAUGGCCACUCUUAUGCUGCGUUUUUUGAAGUUUUUCCCACUGUUCCAUCAGCGACUGGGCGAACAUAGGGCACAUGGCCACUCUUAUGCUGCGUUUUUUGAAGUUUUUUCAACUGUUCCAUCAGCGACUGGGCGAACAUAGGGCACAUGGCCACUCUUAUGCUGUGCUAAUGGAACGCAAGCGCAUCUCACAUCCAGACUUUCCAGGGCUUCCA